AUGAAGGCUCCAACAUUCGAAAAGAUGAUCCAGCGUGUAAUUGUCAUCGUCGAACCAAUUCUCUACGAGCAAUAUGUUAUGCCUGUCAACAUGACCCGUCAAGUCCAAGAAGGAAAGGUUUUUGCCAACUUUCCGUCAGCACUCUAUUCCAAGCACUACUUCUCGGGAAAGCACAAGCUUGACGGUCUGAAGCUCGAAAUCAGUUUCUGA